AUUCGUUUGUGAACAGCCAGGAAUGGACCCUGAGUCGCUCGGUGCCUGAGCUGAAGGUGGGCAUCGUGGGGAACCUGUCCAGUGGCAAGUCAGCCCUGGUGCACCGUUACCUGACUGGCACCUACGUGCAGGAGGAGUCCCCGGAAGGUGGCCGGUUUAAGAAGGAGAUUGUGGUGGAUGGUCAGAGCUACUUGCUGCUGAUUCGAGAUGAAGGGGGCCACCCGGAACUCCAGGAAGGAGACCUGUCUCUCUUCGCUGCCUGGGUCGACGCUGUGGUGUUUGUCUUCAGUCUGGAGGAUGAGAUCAGCUUCCAGACCGUCUACAACUACUACCUGAGGCUCUGCAGCUACCGGAACACGGCGGAGGUGCCGAUGGUGCUGGUGGGCACACAGGAUGCCAUCAGUGCCACCAACCCCAGGGUCAUCGAUGACUCCCGGGCGCGGAAGCUCUCCAACGAUUUGAAGCGCUGCACAUACUACGAGACCUGUGCUACCUACGGCCUGAACGUGGAGAGGGUCUUCCAGGACGUGGCUCAGAAGGUGGUGGCUCUCCGGAAGAAGCAUCAGCUGUCCAUCGGCCCCUGCAAGUCUCUGCCCAACUCACCCAGCCAUUCGUCUGUCUCCGCAGCCUCCAUUCCUUCUGUCCACAUCAACCAGGCCACCAACGGUGGAGGAGCCUUCAGUGACUACUCCUCCUCUGUGCCCUCCACCCCAAGCAUCAGCCAGCGGGAGCUGCGGAUCGAGACCAUCGCUGCCUCCAACACCCCCACCCCCAUCCGCAAGCAGUCCAAGCGGCGCUCCAACAUCUUCACGGGCCGGAUAAGGGAUGGGCACUGGGAUUGAUCUAAGAUUAGAGGCUCCCCCCCCCCCCCCCCAGCCUGGGGCACCCCCUCGCGGUUUUUUUUCCCCCCUCGGAGACACGCAGGAGCCUUUUAAAUCCCCCCAAUGUAAAGUCUAGGAAGCGCUGAGACGGCCUGCGCCUGCACUUUAAGCUGGGACAUUUCUGGGCCUGCUGGAUGCUGUCUAGGCACUGCCCGUGCUCGGGGAUGUCAGGCGGACGACCCUCCUGGGACGGGAAGACCUGCAGACCCGCCGGGACCGGGCGACAGCCGCGCGUGGAGCUGGAUGGGCCAAAAGACGCUUUGCUGCUGCCUGCGGGAGCUGCUGCAGCGCCUGCCGCUAGCGCUCCGCUCCUUCCUCCCUCCUGCACCUCUGCAGCCUGCAUGGACUCCUGCUCCUCUUCCUCUUCCUCCUCGCAGCCGAGCAGCCAUCUGUGUCUCUUUAGUUUUCUUCUCUUUCGAUCUCUUUGUUUGGUUCUGGGCCCAAAAGCCGGUGAAUCGGUGUCCCAGGCGCGCGGGGCUUGUGUCCCUUUCUGAUCCAAAGCACACGGGGCGCUCCCGGACUGAGGGGGUGUGUAGGACACUCCAGAGAGACGCUGCCGCUGCCUCCUGCCAUUGUUGUGAUUCUGAAUGUAUUGGUUGUGCUCCAUGCCGUGUAUGACUUGGUAUUUCCCUCUGUCCUAAGCACUUUGAAUGAGUUCUGCUCAACAGACUGUAAAUUUCAUACUGUAUUUAUUGGAGUUUGCUCUCCCCGCGGCCGCCCCGGGCGCCGGCGGGUCCCGCUCUCGCCGCUCUAGACGUGUGGUAGAUAUUUAUUGUCCAUGCUCUUUUGUAAGGGGCUGGUAUCUCUCUGCCCGGUGACCUGUGCUACUUUGUAUGGUGCAAGUGUGUUACCAGAAUAAAUCUGUUGGAUUAGUAGA